AUGAAACCCGUCACGUCCUCCGGAGAAGGUCGAGGCUGUAAUUCUCUGCUCUGGAAACUGUCCAGGUUGCGUAUUCGGUACGUGAUGCCGGCGGCGCAUCUGACGCUGCGCGAGGAGGAUGUGGUACGACUAACCUUGGAGUUCCUCCACAGCCGCGACCUUCACAUCUCGCAGCUCUCGUUGGAGCGAGAGACCGGCGUCAUAAACGGUCAGUACAGCGACGAUGUCCUCUUCCUUCGUCAGCUGAUCCUCGACGGGCAAUGGGACGACGUGCUGGAGUUCAUCCAGCCGUUGGAGGCGUUGCCGGACUUCGACAUGCGGAAGUUCACCUACUCGAUCCUACGGCACAAGUACGUCGAGCUGUUGUGCAUCAAGUCCGAGGCGAACGUGAUCGCGGCGGGCACGAACGGCAGCAUGGACAACGCGGUCGAGGAGGUGGUCAAGGUGCUCAGCGACCUCGAGAAGGUCGCGCCCUCCAAGGAGGAGUACAGCAGCCUGUGCCUGCUGCUGACGUUGCCCCGGCUCACCGACCACCUGCAGUACAAGGACUGGAAUCCCAGCAACGCGAGAGUCCAGUGCUUCCGCGAGGUGCACCCCUUGGUCGAGAAGUUCCUUCCCGGCGACAGAAAGAACUCGGACCCGGCGCACCCGGUCACCUCGGCGAAGAACGACCGGCUGAUACAGCUGAUCAUCAAAGGGAUUCUGUACGAGUCCUGCGUUAAUUACUGCCAGGCCAAAGCUACCGGCUCGAAGGAGAGCGAGCAGGUGGAGAUGAACUUCUCCAGACUGCUGGACGGCUCCGUAGGCUUCAGCGACUCCGACCUGAGCCUGCUUUCCUGGCUGCAAAGUAUACCGCCGGAAACGUUCGCCGUGCCGUUCGCCCAGCGAACGUUGAACGUGGACGUGGAACGGCUCGAGAGACCCUCCUUGGAGACCUCGUGGACCGAGCACAUGCUGAUCACCCCUAUAAAGCCGAAGACGUUCCCGCAUAGCGCGAUGCCGUUCACCAGGCCGAGAUCCGCUGCCGACAUGAUGUCGCGCAGCUUAGUGCCCGCUUUAGAGGCUGGUCUCGGACCGAGGAGUCCCGGACCUAAAAAUACACCGAUACCGUCUGCCGCGCUAAUGGCGCUGUCCACCGGCGAUAUAAAUCCCAUGUCGAGGUCCUCGUUCGCGAGCUUUCACCUAACCGGUUUCAAGAACAACAAGCUGAUGAACACCAGCGUGGACAGGCUCUUCGAGAACGAGGGUGACGUCUUCCUUAGCUCCAGCUACGCCGAAUUCCAACAGUUGCCUUCGAUACAAGAAACAACGAACAACAACAGCCAACCGAAGGCACCGCCUAGGACGAGGGGACAGUCCAAGAGUCCAGAUGGUAUUAAAACGGAUCCCUCAGCGACCUCCACGCCCGAGCGUAGAAUCGCUGGCAGGGAAUCGCCUGCCCCAUCGACAGCCAGGAGUUCCAGAAGGGACUCUCUAGCCGAAAAGCCAACGGGAAUAGCCGCGAAAAUCACGGACCCCACCACAGUCCCUGUUCGAACCUCCCUGGGCGGCGAUCACCUCGAACAGAGUUACAACGGCGAACUGUUUAAAGAGUAUCAGAAACAGAAGCAGAAGUUGCAGGAGAAGUUCCAACAAAGGGAAAGGGAGUGGAACGACCUGGUCAGGCAAUUAUCGGCUCCAAUUUCCCCGCAGGUGGUUGAUAAUAGACUUCAAGGUGACGGUAUCAAACAACCUUUGGGGAGUAAAGGACCCUCGCCUGUUCAUAUGAGCACACCUGUGCGGUCCGGGAUACAGUCGCCGAAACCUACGAUCAAUGGAUCCGAUUCAGUAUUGCGGCAGAACUCGGUGUUGAAUGCAAGCUACGAGUCCAGAACGCCGGAGAGUCACUACGACGUCGUGAAGCCGCUAAAGAUUCGAAUAGAUAUGGAAUGUAGAAGAGAAUCGCAGCUCCAUCUCGUUGCAAUUGCGAAAGUCUGCACCUGCAAAUGCCAGUAUGCGCUGCAUUACCGCAUUUUGCUGGUGCAGCAGGAAUUAAUUAAGUGCAUCAGUUCACAGACUUAA